AUGGCGGAUAGAUACGAGAACCAACCUCCUGAGAAACUCCAGGGGAAGUUUCAAGCAAGGGUUGUUUGCUGUAUUCUUGGAAUCGGAGCUCUGGUUUCUUGGAACAGUAUGCUCACUAUCGCAGAUUACUACUACCAAGUUUUCCCGGAUUAUCAUCCUUCAAGGGUACUACCACUUGUUUACCAACCGUUGGCGCUUGGAACAAUCAUAAUUCUCUCAUACCACGAGUCGAAGAUCAAUACUCGUAAACGUAACCUCAUUGGUUACACUCUGUUCACAGUCUCCACGUUCUUGCUCAUAGUCUUGGAUUUGGCAACAAAAGGACGUGGUGGAGUCGGACCUUACAUCGGUUUAUGCGCAGUCGUUGCAUCUUUUGGCUUUGCGGAUGCUAUAGUUCAAGGAGGAAUGAUCGGUGAUUUAUCAUUGAUGUGCCCUGAAUUCAUCCAGUCAUUUAUGGGAGGUUUGGCUGUAGCUGGUGCUCUAACCUCAGGGCUUAGGCUAAUAACUAAAGCAGCAUUCAAUAAUAAAUCUAAUGAUGGUUUACGAAAAGGAGCAAUGAUCUUUUUAGCAAUCUCUACAUUCAUAGAGUUUCUCUGCGUGAUGCUUUACGCUUACGUGUUCCCGAAACUUCCCAUCGUUAAGUAUUACAGAAGAAAAGCCGCUUCUGAAGGAUCUAAAACCGUUUCUGCUGAUCUUGCUGCUGUUGGUAUCCAAAAUCAUUCUGACUUGGCUGAUGAUGGUUCCAAGAAUCAAAGGCUAAGCAACAAAGAGCUAUUGCUUCAAAACAUAGACUAUGCAGUGAACCUAGCGCUCAUCUACGUUUUGACAUUAUCCAUAUUUCCGGGGUUCUUGUACGAGAACACUGGGAAGCACGGACUAGGUGAUUGGUACGCGCUUGUCCUAAUAACCAUGUACAAUUGUUGGGAUUUGGUCGGGAGGUACACGCCGCUGGUGACAUGGCUCAAGAUUGAGAAUAGGAAAGUAAUCACGUUUGCGGUUUUGUCACGUUUUCUACUUGUUCCUGCGUUCUACUUCACUGCGAAAUAUGGUGAUCAAGGAUGGAUGAUCAUGCUCAUUUCUGUCUUGGGAUUGACUAAUGGACAUCUCACAGUUUGCAUUCUCACCACAGCUCCUAAAGGAUACAAGGGUCCGGAGCAAAAUGCGUUAGGGAACUUGCUGGUGAUUUUUCUGUUAGGAGGAAUCUUUGCAGGAGUUGCUUUGGAUUGGUUAUGGCUUAUUGGUAAGAAGAAUGCCUUUUGA